AUGAUAGAAGCCACUAGAUCUCCUAGGUCUUACGGCAACAUCCUGAUUGUCGGAGGCUGCGGCCUCUUGGGCUCACGACUCGUGGAUCAGCUACUCAACUUUCCCUCCGAAGACCCGGAUCCAUCUUGCAACGAAUCGCUGCAGGGACCAAAGGCCAACAGCGCAACCGGCAGUCGUCAUUCUCACGGUCCUGCAUCUUCGAACGCGAACGAGUUCUACUCUUCUACCUUCCCUAGUCUACGUUCUAGAUACCCUCCUACUUCGUCUUCGGGCACAAAGGUCCACGUCCUUGACCUGCGGUGUGCGCAGAACAUCUUCCCCCAUUGCUCUUACCAUGAGGCCGACGUUACGUCUCCGGGGACUCUGCUGGAAGUAUUCAAGAAAGUGAAGCCCGAUGUGGUUAUCAACACCGUCUCGCCCCAAUGGGAGGCGCCCGCGGACUUACUGAGAAGAGUCAACAUCGUUGGCACGAGGAUUCUACUCGAAGUGGCGGGUGGAAAGCACGGCGACUGGGGCGGGAAGUGCAAAGCGUUCGUCCAUACCAGUAGUGCCAGCGUGGUCCACGAUGGUGAAGCCGACCUGAUCAAUGCUGACGAGCGAUACCCCUACGUCUGCCCCAAUCCCCGAGAGUACUAUUCCGAAACCAAAGUCCACGCCGAAAAGCUGGUCCUCGAGGCAAACGACAAUCCCAAGUAUGGGAAUAUGCUCACUUGUGCUGUGAGACCGGCUGGUAUCGUCGGCGAGGGCGAUCGUUUCGGUUUCGGCGGCGGUGUUCUGCGUACGGCGAGUGUUGCGCCGUCCUGGCAGCUCCAUGUUCAACUGGGACCGGGCGACAAUCUGUUCGACUGCACGUACGUUCACAAUGUGGCCUACGGCCUAUUGUGCGCGGCGCAGGCACUACUUCUGACGUACCAGCGGCGGCAGGAAGGAAAAGCCAUCUUGCUGGACCACGAAAGAGUGGACGGAGAGGCAUUCAACGUCACCAACGAUUCACCUGCUUUCUUCUGGGACCUGGCCCAAUAUCUCUUCAGCCGAUACGGGCGGAAUAUCGACAAAGACAACAUCUGGGCACUCCCAGUCAGUCUCACAACCUUCGUCGGCGCCGCCGCCGAGACCUUCAACUGGCUCACCGGCCGCAAGGGCAAGCUGAACCGCCAGACCCUCAAGUAUGCCUGUAUCAACCGGUACUACAGCUGUGAGAAGCUCAAGAGACGAACAGGCUACCAGCCCAUGGUGCCGAUUGAUGAAGGAUUCGCUAGGGCUGUUCGGUGGUACAAGGCAGACGAGGAGGAGCGGAGGGGGAAGUCAUCUGUGGAGAAAAAGGUGCAGUAG